AUGAGUGGCACCACCGCUGUCCUCUGUCUCUAUCUUGUUUAUGGAUUAAUGCAACAGAUGGAAGCCUCUGUCCUGAGCUGCAUUCCCAGAAAAACAGUAACAUACCAAAAUGGAAAUAUAAAAACUUUUAUGAAACCAGGAUUAUCCAAUUUUUCCACACUCUUGGUGAGUGAAGAAACUGAUAUCUUAUUUGUUGGAGCCAGAGAUGCUAUAUUUGCACUUGAUUUGAAUGACAUCUCAAGAGAAAUAGCCAGUGAGGACUGGUGCGCAACAAGGGAUAGACAAUUGGAAUGCAUUCGCAGAGGAAAGGACAAAGUAGAUUGCCGAAACUACAUCCUCCUCCUUCAUAAGAUAAAUGACACUAACUUAUAUGUUUGUGGAACCAAUGCAUUUUACCCAGCUUGUGAUUACAUGGUCAUCAACAGUACAGAUAUUCAUCUGCAAGGGAAAGCUGAAGAAAGCAGAGGAAGAUGUCCUUUUGAACCUACUCUGAAGUAUGCUUCUCUGUUAGUUGAUAGUGCAUUUUAUUCAGCCACUUCAAACAACUUCUUGGGCACUGAGCCUAUUAUAGUUCGCAGUUUGAGAAACCAUCUAAGGACAGAGUUUAAAGCAUCUUGGCUAAAUGAGCCCAGCUUUGUCUAUAUGGAUAUAGUGCGGGAAAGUGAAUCGAAUCCAGAUGGAGAUGAUGAUAAAAUUUAUGUGUUCUUCACUGAAACAGCUGUUGAAUUUGAAUUCUAUGACAAACUCCUGGUGUCAAGAAUUGCUCGUGUCUGCAAAGGUGAUCUUGGUGGAAAACGCAUAUUGCAAAAAAGAUGGACGUCAUUUUUAAAAUCCAGACUUAUCUGUUCCGUUCCAGAAUCAAAUUUCCAGUUUAAUAUUGUUCAGGAUGUCUUUUUACUUAAGAGAGCAGACUGGCGGGAAAGCAUGUUUUAUGGGAUUUUUACUCAACAAUGGGGAAGGUUGGAUAUUUCUGCCGUUUGUGCAUUCAGUAUGAAAACUGUCCAAGAAGUCUUCGCCAAAGGAAACUAUAAAGGGCCAGUGACUGUGGAACAUUCCCAUGUUAAAUGGAUGGUGUUCAGGGGAGAAGUGCCACUCCCACGUCCCGGUGCUUGCAUUGAUAAUUUUGCCCGGAGUAUUGGAUACAACACUUCUCUUGAUUUGCCUGAUAAAAUUCUGCAGUUUGUUAGAGACCACCCUUUAAUGGAUAAUGCUGUAAAUCCAAUUGGUGAUAGGCCAGUGCUACUGAAAAGAGGUUCAAAUUACACCACGAUUGUAGUAGACAGAAUCACUGGCCUAGAUAAAAAAACAUAUGAUGUUCUGUUUAUAGGAACAGAUAAUGGAUAUUUGCAUAAAGCUCUCAACUGCGACGGGGAAAUGUUCAUUAUUGAGGAGAUACAGCUGUUUCAGUCCCCAGAGCCUGUACAAUCUCUUAAACUGUCUUCCAAAAAGGGCCUGCUGUAUGUCGGGUCUCCAUCCCAAGUGGUACAACUCCCCGUUUCAGUAUGCAGCCGAUAUAAACACUGCUUGGAUUGUGUUUUGGCAAGGGAUCCUUAUUGUGCGUGGUCUGAGUCUUUUGAGAAGUGUGCUCCAGUGGCUAAUCAAACAGGAGACUUGCAGGAUUUAAUUCAGAGUGUUAAAAAUGGUGAUGCUUCCAAAUGUCCUAAAAUAGGAAAUAAUGUCGAAAACUGUCCCGUUAGCACUGGCAACAGUGUUCAUCUUAAAUGCGCGCCCAUGUCCAACCUGGCUAGGAUGGUGUGGAAGUUUAAUGGGAGCAGUCUUCAGGCAGAAGAUUCUAAAUACCUGCUUUAUGAUGGAGGAAUAGUCAUAUUUAAUGUGACAGUGGCUGAUGCUGGAUUUUAUGACUGUCAUUCUGUAGAGAGCGCUAAUGGGAAAGAAUUCCCUGUUACUGUGGCUAGCUACGUUCUUUAUACCCAACAGGACAGCGUUUUCAUUAUUACUAAGAAUUACACCACAAAUCAACCAAAUGCAGACACAACUCUGAAGGUUAAAUCUUUGGUAUCCUCUUCCUUGCUGAAUGACCCAGCAAAACAAAAAUCCCUGGAAGACCAAAAAGAGAAGCUUAUUUUAAAAUUCUUGGGAGCUGGAUUUGCACUCCUUUUUUCUUCCUUGCUGGUUUGGAACUUUUACAAAGGCCAUCUGUCUGUGCCUUGGAAGAGCAGAGAGAAAAGCUCAAAAACAGGAAAUGCAGAUGGUUUGCCAGGUCCAACCUUGGCUACAGAGGGGUCGGACGCUAUGAGGAAAAGUUCAGCCACGCGAACUAACACCUCCACUGUUAAUGAAUCAGUACCACUUGUGAGCUUUCCUUCUGAAGAAGAACGCAGCACUAAUGUACAACACAACACAAGUCUCACAAAGAGAUCUGGGACUUGCAGCUCACAAAGCUGUUUGGUUGAGGAUGAGACAAUGUUUCCUAUUGAGGAAUGUGGAAUGUAA